AUGUUUGGUCGCCAGAGUGGUAAGAAGAAGCCUUUGAAGCAGCCCAAGAAGCAAACCAAGGAAAUGGAUGAGGAAGAUAUAGCUUUCAAACAAAAACAAAAAGAAGAACAGAAAAAACUGGAAGAGUUAAAAGCAAAAGCUGCUGGGAAGGGACCACUUGCCAGUGGUGGGAUUAAGAAAUCUGGCAAAAAAUAGACGUUCCUGU